AUGUCAUUUCUAUACAUAUCAGUUGGUUAUCGCUCUUGUCAUUCAGUUUUAACGUUGCUGUCAGCUAAUUCAUGUGUAGCUGGUCUUAUUUUUAAUUGUGUACCAUUAAGUAAUGCUCUAUUAUUAUUUCGUGAUGAUAUAUAUCUUUCAACAUCAAACCAAAAUCAAUAUUGUGAAAUUCGGAAUUAUCUUAUGCAUAUAUCUGGCAUGAUUUCAAUGUUUCUUUUACCAAUUACAAUAAUCUCAAUAUACUACACACAUAUUGUUUGUUUUGUAAGAGCUGCUGUAAAACGUGCUAGAAAAACAAACGCAUUACCUGUUCGAAGAUUCAAUCUGAAACGUGAGAUUCAAAUUGAACAUCGGUUUUCAAAUACAAAGGAUAUCAAAGUAUUUCGACAUAUAAUUAUAUUGAUCACUGUGUUAUGCAUUGGUGGUUUUCCUUACUCAAUGUUGAUGAUAUUCAAUGUUCAAAGUAUUGCACCGUUUUCUAUGUAUCGUUUAUGCAUAACAGUAUUCGCAUUAAGUGUAACAGUUGAUAUGGGUGCAAUAUUUUUUUUAACAAAAAUGUUCGUACAAUAUUCUUUAACUGUUUCAAAGACGAACAAAUCGAGUUGCUUCAAUUAA